CGGAGCGAGAGAGCGGCGUCCGACGGGAAGCCGCCGAAGCCAUGCAGCUCCACACUUCAAAGCACUGCAAGGCGUCGGGCUUCAUCCUGAACGAGAGAUGCGUCUUGUCUUCAAAAAUGGAAAUCUACCGUGAGCAGAGUAUCUGUCAGGCCCGGGCCGCCGUCAUGGUGUACGACGACGCCAACAAGAAGUGGGUCCCGGCCGGGGGCUCCACGGGCUUCAGCAGGGUGCACAUCUACCACCACACGGGGAACAACGCCUUCCGGGUGGUGGGCCGCAAAAUCCAGGACCAUCAGGUGGUGAUAAACUGUGCCAUUCCCAAGGGGCUGAAGUACAACCAGGCCACGCAGACCUUCCACCAGUGGCGCGACGCCCGGCAGGUCUACGGCCUCAACUUCGGCAGCAAGGAGGACGCCAACGUGUUCGCCAGCGCCAUGAUGCACGCCCUGGAGGUGCUCAACUCGCUGGACACAGGCCCCACGCUGCCCCGAGCUCAGCAGGUCCAGAAUGGGCCGUCCCCCGAGGAGCUGGACCUUCAGAGGAGGCAGCUGCAGGAACUGCAGCGUCAGAAGGAGCAGGAGCGGGAGCGCUUGGAGAGGGAGCGCCAGGAGCGGGAGCGUCUGGAACGCGAGCGUGCGGAACGCGAGAUGCUGGAGCGAGAGCGCCAGGAGCGGGAGCGGCUGGAGAGGGAGCGGCAGGAGCGCGAGAACGCCGAGCGCGAGCGGCAGGAGCGCCUGGAGCGCGAGCGGGAGGAGCAGGAGCAGCUGGAGCGCGAGAAGCAGGAGCGGGAGCGGGAGCUGGCGGAGCGCGAGAGGCAGGAGAGGGAGCAGCAGGAGCAGCUGGACCGCGAGCAGAUGGACUGGGAGCGAGGGAGGCGCAUCUCCAACGCCGCGUUCGAAAGCACCCUGUACAACCCCCCGCCUCCGGAGUACUCCAAGACCUCCUCCUCGCCCAUUUCUCCCUCCACCCCAAACUUCGUGCCUCCCGCCCCUUCCUCUUCCACCGUCACGCCCCCGACCCCGCCCCUUCGCCACUCCGCCUCCCGCUUCGCCACCUCCCUGGGCUCCGCCUUCCACCCCGUCCUGCCCCACUACGCCACCGUCCCCCGGCCCAUCAGCAAGCACCCGCCGGCCCCGCCCCCCGCCCCGGCCCCUCCCCGGCCCCCCUCCAAGUCCAUCGUCUGGUCGGCGACCAACUUCAGCCCGCUGCCGCCCUCCCCGCCCGUCAUGAUCAGCAGCCCCCCCGGCAAGGCCGCUGGGCCCCGCCCCGUCAUCGCCAUCCCCGCCCCCAGCCCGCUGUCCCAGAAGCCCCCCUCCCCGUCGCCCGGCGCCCCAAACGGGCCCCCGGAGUCCCCGCAGCCCCCUUUCCUGUCGCCGGCCCCGACCCCGCCUCCGCCCCCGCCGCCCCUCCCCCGCUGCCCCCCCUCGCUGUCCUUCCCCGCGGCCCCCCUCCUCUCCCCUCCCUCUCCCUCCACAGCUCCCCCUGCCUGUGCUGAGCACUCUCUAAACUCUGUGCUGGGAGACUCCUCCUCCUCCUCCUCCUCUGCUCCAGGUUCUGCUGCUCUUCCUCCCGCCCAGCCGGAUGCACCACAGGGACCUCCUGCUCCUCCCCCCCCACCCCCACUCCCACCCGGCUCCACUGUGACCCCCACCGCCGGGCCACCCCCCCCUCCCGGUCCGCCACCCCCUCCCCCGCCCCCUCUGCCUCCCUCCCUCACCCCGACGGGCCCGCCUCCCCCUCCUGGCCCUCCGCCCCCUCCUCCAGCCCAGGCCCCUCCCCCUACCCCGCCCCCUCCCCCAGCCCCGCCCCUUCCCGCCGGCCUGUUCUCUCCGUCUCCCGGUCCGGAGGAGAACCGACCCCUCGCUGGCCUGGCCGCCGCCCUAGCUGGAGCCAAACUACGGAAAGUGCCAAGGAGCGACGAUCCAACGGGUGCUGCUCCUGCUGGGACCCCCACAGCCGCCAAGGGCGGAAACGGCCCACUCCCAGGGGGCGGGGGCCUGAUGGAGGAGAUGAGCGCCCUGCUGGCCAGGAGGAGAAGAAUCGCAGAGAAGGGAUCGUCCCCAGAACCAGAGCAGAAGGACAAACCUGAAGAGGCGGAGUCCACAACCCCUAAAGUCUCUGCGUGUAAUACUCCAGACAUGCCCAGGAAACCGUGGGAGCGGGCGAACACUAUGAACGGUAGCAAAUCCCCAGUGAUCGGAAGACGGGACACCCCUUGGAGAAAUCAGAUGGUUUCUGAUCCAUUGAGCAGGCCGAAGUCCACGCCGACGCCGACCGGGUCCCUAAGUGCCAACGGGGUGGCGGCGGAAGGUCUCGACUACGACCGGUUGAAACAGGACAUUUUAGAUGAAAUGAGGAAGGAGCUUACGAAGCUAAAAGAAGAGCUAAUCGAUGCUAUCAGGGAGGAACUGGGCAAGUCCAACACAGCGUAGGACGCGUGUACAUUAAACCCCCUGGCCUGACAACUCAAGGUUGACUUCAGUUAUGACAAUAUUUUAACAAAAGAAAUGAUAAAAGGAAAAAACAAAAAAAGUUUGAAAGGCGUGAUGAUGAUGAUGAUGAUAAUUCUAUUAAUGAAGAAGACGCGUUUGUGAUUGGUGGAGAGGUGAGUCGGGGGAGGAGACAUGUAGCACCCGGGACCUUCUCCUCUUUUAGAAGCCCGACAGCUCCGAUAUUCCCGAGGACUUUCCCCCCGAGCGCAGGACACAGUCUUAAACAGAGGAGCGACUGUAAUUAUGCAAAGAUGACUUUCUUUGUUCAUAACACAAGAAAAUCAAGGAAAAUAAUUUAACAACAGCAACACAAAAAAAACAACAAACAAAAAAAAAAAACACAAAAACAAGGUAAUGAAAUAUAUUACUGUAUUAAUCAUCACAGUGUGAUAACGGGCAGACAGACGAAAACGCUCGCGCUGAGAUAUCGGGACGGUUGGCGUGCGCUUGUGACACGAGGGGGGGGGCGAGGGGCGCGUUUGGGAAGGUUUGUGUGGAUGGUGGAGGGAGGCUGAGGGCGUGCGGAAGUGGGGUGGCUCAGAGAGAAGAGCUUUCCAUCUGGACGAGGGACUAACGGACUAGUUAAAAAGUCUACAGCUGCAGGACUCUGUAAAGCUUGUCUUCCUGAAAUACUCUUUUACCUGAAUAUGUACAUUUAAAAAAAAAAAAGGAAAAAAAACAACAACAAAAAAAAAAGGAUAUCUGCAAGUUGUUUCUUCAUGUCUGUUAUAAUGUACGGCCAUAUCAGGUAGCCUACUGGAACCUUCCGUGGGAUGGCCAGUCUCUUGGUACUUCUUCGGCGUAAUACCCUGAAAACAUUUAUUCUUUGGUUUUGGUCUUUUUCUUUUCCCAGAAAUGAAAGCUCAGAAGUCUAAUUUGCGCUGAGCCCUGUUAUUGGCAUUUAUUUUUUAGUGUUGUGUGUGUGAUGGAUUGGUGGGACAGUCACAUGAAGAAAUGCCUUCCUGCUGUACAUCAUUGUAGCUCUCUACCAAAAUCUGACUCCUCCCUCAUUCAAAUCUCUGGUCAGUGUUUCAUAUCUCCAAGACCGGAUCUGUAGAUAGAAUUCUUUGAAACUGCAUUUUUUCCCCCUCAUUAUUUUGAUUGAUUUGAAAAUCUACUUUUUUUUAUUUUUUAUUUCUGUCGAAUUUAGUGCAUGUCAGAUUUUGUAAAGGUGAAGGUCGUAUAGCUGCCACGAAAUUAAUUAUCGUCUGUCGGUGUAUAAGCAAUAAGUGUAACAUCACCAUUUAGUUGCCUUUUUUUAAAGCGGUCUUUGUGGCCCUCAUUGUUUUUUCCACCCCCCCCCCCCCCCCCAAAUAGUGGAGAAUGCUUUACUGUAGCUUUUCUCAGUAGCCACGUGAUAAUCCCAAUCAAAAACAUUCAUAUCAUCUUGAUAAGUGAGGUAACUCUGGGGGAGGGAUCUGAGGGGUGUCUUCUGUUUAUAGCCAUGAUUUGUAAUUGAUUUACAGAGGUAGACCGUUUGUUUCUCAUCCUUUUGUAGCAGACACUAUUUUUCAUUUAGGGUUCUAGAAUGCUUCAGUCUUGGCAUUCCUUGCUGUAUCCAUAGUGUCACUUGGCCUUGAAAUUGUCGUUUUGGAGAACAAGGCAAAAUAAAUUCUCUCUCUGAAGUAUUAGCUACGUCAGAUAACGGAUCUUUUUCCUGAGAUGCCCAAACAUAUGAAACUAUGUCAACGCGACAGUUCUAGACACGUUUGUGCCAUCGACAAAAUGUUUUCUCUUGUGGUUAGUGGUUAUAAUGAUCUAUUUAUGUUAUGUCAUUUUGUUUGCCUUUGUUUUCCUUUUUCACAAUAAAAGUCCUGGGCCAUUUUGUUUUGCUUCUCAACAGAGCUCAGCACUUGCCUAAGUGAGAGCAAUUAAUUUUUCACCAUACCUGAGCAACACUCCAAACACUGGAAAAUGUAAUUUCCUUAAGGAAGGUAUUUUGAAGUGUAACAAUUCUCUGAUCCUCCCAUCUCAGUGCAAAACUGGCAGAACUUCAUAGACACUGAUAUGAAAUGCAUCUAAAUAACAAUGUUAAAAUUUGUGUUUUAAGAUAAUGUUGGGGAUAUACAAUGAGGGGAUAUAACAUGACCAGAUUUGGGUAAUAAUAUAUAUACCCCUUAGUGUUUCCUCAAAAUCUUGCUCAUGAGUUUUCUUCUGGAAAAUUACAUUUUUUAAACGUAUCUGCACAUUUAUGUCUUCGGUGAUUGUGUUGGAAAUUUGAGACUGGAAGGAAGGAAGGACGGGGUUUAACACAUUUCACCCUUUGCAUACUGUUGUGGUUUUCUCUCCUAUCAUUCAAACGCCGUCUUUCCGGAUCAAAACAUUUGGGAAGCUUAUACGAGUGUUUACAGCAUCGAUUGCACUUUAAAACCCCAUUGAAAUUCAUAUUAUGGUACUGCUUGCAAAAUGCAGCCAUUGCCCAACAAUGUGGCAAUCUCACCAAAGUUUUCAACCAUGAUAUCAUCCUAAAAGUGUCACACUCUUUUCUAGGCUUUCUUUGCUCAGUCACUGUCAAGAGAAAGAAAAUAUAUCACAUUUUAUGAUUUGGUAGGUUAAGUAUUUUGAUCAAGGUAAAAACAUUAUACAUAGAUAAAUCUGUAUCUUCAUGGUUUGUGCCUUGUUCUGAAGUUGCAUUUAACACGUCAAAGAUUAAAAAUAACUAGUAAUAACAGUAGAAGCUGUCAUAACCUCAAACAUGGUUUUUUUUUUGUGAUAGUUUUUUCAAAGGGAGAUUUGAGAUUGAUAUGUUAGAAUACAGUUGCAUUCAUAUUUUUACUUCAUGCCAUUUGUAAUGAUGUUGCGGUAAGAUAGGUGUCACAGUGUGAGAUUGUGGGUUUUUGGGAAAUCUAAAAUCUCUGAAAUUAUCUGCAGUGAGUCAGUUGAAUGUCGAAAUCAAACUGCUGGCUGUGAACGUCUGUCCCCGUACAAAGGACUGUGCAAGACCUGCAGGGGCUGAAACUGGUCUGUUCUUCACACCCUGGCUGGAAGCAUUCAAACUGACCGUUUCUGAAAUUCACGAUUAACCAGUUUCCUUAUUUUAUAUUCUUUUAUCAUUCACAUUGUACCAUACCGUUCUCAUGUUACAUUUAGAAUUUUUUGUUACAUGUUAACAUUGUUUUGUUUGAGCAAAUGAAAUAAAAUUGCAAUACAUUA